ACAAACAUACAAAAUGUAUUUGAUUCUACAACUACUCGUUAUCAUUUCAGCCUUCAUCUCUCUUGAACAUGGGCCUAUUACUGUUUAUGCUAAACCAUACACAUCCGCUGUAGCGUCGGUUAACAAACAUACCGAUGGUGCUAAGCCUCUCUAUAGUGUUCAGAUGUUGACAACCUAUAUAAACACCAUGGAAUACUUGCCUGGAAACUUCCUUAUAGACAUCGAUGCUCCAAUCAUAUGGCACGACUGCAUCGUGCAAGAGAACAUGUACCACGGCAGUUGCCCUCCAAACACGCUUUGCACGUCUCCUGUUUCCUGUGAAGAAUCUGAAUGCUCAGAAGUGCGAACGUUUUACUCGUAUAAGAAUCCUUCUUGCCCUCCAGAAAUCGACGGGUAUUCAUCAUCAAGAUGGGGAUCUUGUACAUGUGGGGUCAAUGUGCUAAACCCUAUGACUAGUUCAUGUGACCAACCCCUUCUCAACUACGAUGAAUUCACACUGCGCACAAGUGACGGUAGAAAUGUUUUUUCUAAUGGUAAUUAUGGUACAUUUCCUAAGGCGGCCUGUGCUCCUUCUUCAUCAGUUGCAUCAUUUCCUGCAAAUGUUUCCGGUGUCAUGGCAUUUUCUUCCUCGCUUUAUGCUUUCCCAGCGUCCUCAUAUCCGCCUCUUAAAAGAACAUUUGCUCUAUGUUUUCCAAGCAAGACAUCUGCCCCUGGAGUUCUAUUCUUAGGAGCUGGUCCUUAUUACCUUCUUCCCCAAUCUAAUGUUGAUGUAAGGAGCUAUCUUUCCUAUACUCCGUUGCUAACGCGUCCAGAUUCAUUUGACACACAUCCAGAUUCUUUUGGAUACUUUAUCCGUGUUAAUAGCAUUCUAAUUAAAAAGAGAUCUAUCAGCGUUCCAGCGAAUGCCACCACCAAGCUUAGUACAAUGGACCCUUACACCACUCUUAGAACAGACAUUUAUAAUUCAGUCGUUAGGAGGUUUUCGAUGGUUACAAAACGACUACGUCCUGCAAAGCCAGUCGCUCCCUUUGGUCUUUGUUUCAGCACCUCCACCAAUGGUCUAAGAGUUCCUGAUAUCGAUUUCAACCUUCCUGAUGGGAAGAAGUGGACUAUAUCCACAGCUAACUCUAUUAAGCAAAUAACAAGUGAGGUGGCGUGUUUGGCAUUUGUUGACGGUGGUGCAACGAGUGAACCUGCAAUCGUGAUCGGGACAUUUCAGUUCGAGGACAACUUUCUAGUAUUUGAUUUAGUGAAUUCGACUUUUGGGUUCAGUUCAUCGUUGCUACGUAAGAAGACUUCUUGUUCAAACUUCAACUUUACUCUUACCUACAACGCUUAGAGCUAUAACGAAAUUUAUUGCUCAAGAAUGCUUUCCGAAUAAAGAAUUCUUGUUUACAUAUAUGUGAAUUCUAGAAAUAAAUAACUCUUUAUUUGUAUUCUCCAUGAUUUAUUACAUCUGUUCUCUGUCUGUCUAA